AUGAAUCAAUAUUUGAAGCAAGCGAUAGAACAAGGUUACAUAAAAUCAAUACGUCACGACUCGUUUUCUGAUAUCGAAGAAAUUAAACAAGAACAAAAAAGUCAAAUUUCAAAAGCUUAUUGGAGAGAUACUCGAAAAAUUGUUGCGUUAAAAUUUUUUGAUCUUUACGCUGUGGGAAAUGACUGUUCUUCAUUUGAAGAUUUUAUUAAAAAGUUUCAGUCAACUCAGAAUAUUAGCGAUAGUAAUGUCGCCGAAUUUUAUGGUGUUAGACAAUCCAAAUACUUCAUGGUCUUGGAGUACGCUAAAGAUGGAAACUUAAGAGAAUACCUUCGUCAAAAUUUUAAAAAUCUUGAGUGGAAAGAGAAAAUUUCUAUUGGAAAGCAAAUCGCCA